AUGAAUUUGGAACGUACAUAUAGAAAUAUGCUAUGUAGAACAAAUAUGCAUCUGACAUGUUGAAUAAGGAAUAAAGUCUGCUCUAUUCAUGGGAUUUCUAUCUGCAAUGUUCGAGAUUGUUUUGCAACUUUAUGUGGCCAUGGUAACAUUACCAGUAACAUUACCUGCAACUCAAUAUUAGGAAGGUGUUCUUAAUGUUUUGUACACUCAGUGUAUAUUCUUUAUAUGUUUGUAAUAUUUCUGCUGUUGGGAAGAUAAUUGUUAUGCAGAAGGUGAUGUAUGUUUGUGCACAUGGAAGUCUGAUUUAUGUUUACUAUUGGUUAAUCAUCAUUUUGACAAUAACUAGUGUCACAGUUUCGGCCGAGGCGGCUCCUUCUCCUUGUUCGGGCAGGCUUCGGCGGUCGUCGUCUCCGGAGUACUAGCUGCCACCGUUCGAUGUUUCAUGUUUGAUUGGUUUUGUCUGUUUGUUACACCUGUUUAUUGUUAAGUGUUCAUUAGGCACCCUAUUUAGUUCUCUUGUGUUUGGUCAGGUGUUGUGUGUAAUUGUUCUAUUGUCACGUGUUGUUGUUUGGUCCUCUGUUUUGUGCUCUCUUAUUUCGUGUUGUUUAAGAGAGUCCUGCACGUUGUGCGUUCGUACUUUGGACAGUCUAGUGUACGUUUGUUUCGCCUGUGGCCUGUUGCCGUGUUUGGCGUGUACUACGGACUUCACUAAAGACAUCUGUUUUUUUUUUAUCUCUGUGUCCUGCGUGUGAUUCCACGUUCCCACUACACUCAACCCUGACAACUAGACUAAAUCAUUAUUCAAAUGACAAAAAUGUGACUUAAUUAUGUUUUAGUCAAAAUCACUAAGACUACACUAAAUUUUUAAAAUAGUGCCAAAAUCACACUGGUUUGGAUAGGAAGAAACACUGUGCUGCUCUAUUCAUUGACUUAUCUAAAGUGUUUGACACUGUCGACCAUCCUUUACUAAUUCAAAGAUUGUCUGAACUUGGCCUGGAUCAGAUAACUUUGGUAGUUUUGUUAGCUAUAGACUAGGUAAUUCUUGUAUGUUUUACUGUCUAUGUAAAUAAUAUUGGUCGAUCUGCAUUUUUUAAAAACGUACACCUGCAUGCAGAUGACACUGUUGUGUAUGCUAUUGUACAUGCUAAGUACAUGAUGUUUUCCAAUUCACUUGCAUCUGAUGAUUUAUGCAUGUGUACAUUGGAUGCUGCCCACAUUGAUCGUGUCCCCUCUUAUAAAUAUCUGGGCAUCUGGAUUGAUGAUAAGUUUAUAUUUUUAAAAGCAUAUGGAUGAGUUAGUUAAGAUGUUGAGAAUAAAAAUGGGCUUCUUCUUUAUACAGUGCCUUCGGAAAGUAUUCAGACCCCUUGAAUUUUUCCGCAUUUUGUUACGUUACAGCCUUAUUAUAAAAAUGAUUAAAUUGUUUUUUUUCCCCUCAUCAAUCUACACACAAUACCCCAUAAUGACAUAGCAAAAACAGGUUUUAAGACAUUUUUGCUAAUUUAUAUUUUUAAACUUACAUAUGACAUUUACAUAAGUAUUCAGACCCUUUACUCAGUACUUUGUUGAAGUACCUUUAGCAGCGAUUAUAGCCUGAAGUCUUCUUGGGUAUGACGCUACAAGCUUGGCACAUCUGUAUUUGGGGAGUUUCUCCCAUUCUUCUCUGCAGAUCCUCUCAAACUCUGUCAGGUUGGAUGGGGAGCGUUGCUACACAGCUAUUUUCAGGUCUCUCCAGAGAUGUUCGAUCGGGUUCAAUUCUGGGCUAUGGCUGGGCCACUCAAGGACAUUCAGAGACUUGUCCUGAAGCCACUCCUGCGUUGUCUUGGCUGUGUGCUUAGGGUCGUUGUCUUGUUGGAAGGUGAACCUUCGCCCCAAGUCUGAGGUCCUGAGCGCUCUGGAGCAGGUUUUCAUCAAGGAUCUCUCUGUACUUUGCUCCGUUCAUCUUUACCUCGAUCCUGACUAGUCUCCCAGUCCCUGCUGCUGAAAAACAUCCCCACAGCAUGAUGUUGCCACCACCAUGCUUCACCGUAGGGAUGGUGCCAGGUUUCCUCCAGAUGUGAUGCUUGGCAUUCAGGCCAAAGAGUUCAAUCUUGGUUUCAUCAGACCAUAUAAUCUUGUUUCUCUUGGUCUGAGAGUCUUUAGGUGCCUUUUGCCAAACUCCAAGCGGGCUGUCAUGUGCCUUUUACUGAGGAGUGGCUUCUGUCUGGCUACUCUACCAUAAAGGCCUGAUUGGUGGAGUGCUGCAGAGAUGGUUGUCCUUCUGGAAGGUUCUCCCAUCUCCACAGAGGAACUGUAGAGCUCUGUCAGAGUGACCAUUGGGUUCUUGGUCACCUCCCUGACCAAGGCCCUUCUCCCCCAAUUGCUCAGUUUGGCUGGGCAGCCAGCUCUAGGAAGAGUCUUGCUGGUUCCAAACUUCUUCCAUUUAAGAAUGAUGGAGGGCACUGUGUUCUUGGGGACCUUCAAUGCUGCAGACAUUUUUUGGUACCCUUCCCCAGAUCUGUGCCUCGACACAAUCCUGUCUCGGAGCUCUACGGACAAUUCCUUCUACUUCAUGGCUUGGUUUUUGCUGUGACAUGCACUGUCAACUGUGGGACCUUUUAUAGACAGUUCUGUGCCUUUCCAAAUCAUGUCCAAUCAAUUGAAUUUACCACAGGUGGACUCCAAUCAAGUUGUAGAAACAUCUCAAGGAUGAUCAAUGGAAACAGAAUGCACCUGAGCUCAAUUUCGAGUCUCAUAGCAAAGUGUCUGAAUACUUAUGUAAAUAAGGUAUUUCUGUAAAAAAAUAUAUAUACAUUUGCUAACAUUUCUAAAAAUCAGUUUUCGCUUUUUCAUUAUGGGGUAUUGUGUGUAGAUUGCGGUGACACCAUUUAUAUGAAUGCAACUGCUACUACACUGAAACCAUUAGAUGCAGUUUAGAACAGCACACUCUGCUUUAUUAUGGGUGACAGGUUCAGUACACAUCAUUGCAUCCUAUAUCAGAAUGUAGGCUUGCCCUCCCCUAAGUCUCAUAGAUCAAUACGUUGCUCUCUUUUUGUUUAUAAAGGCCUCUUGUGCAAACUUCCGUCGUACCUUACUUCAUUGUUAAAUUACAGACAUACGAGUUACCAGACCUGAUCACAGGGAUGGCUUACUCUAGAUGUCCCAUUGAUCACUACAGAAUUACAGUAGGUAAAUCUGCAUUACGUUUUUUUCCGCCCCAUAUAUGGAAUGAUCUGCAGAGCUCUCUUUACCUUGACGCUCUGGUGCCUCUAGGGCAAUUCAGGUUGUACAUUUUGUAUAAUUUGUGUACAUGCAGGGCUCUCUUGCAAAAUAGGUUUUGGUCUGAAUGGGAUUUCCCCGUCAAAAUAAAGGUACAAAAAAAUUAAGUAAUAAAGGAUUGUGUUUUUUUUACAGUGAUGGCAUUUCAGUGAUUGUGCAAUUAACAGCAGAAUAAGAAUUUGCUGAGAUAGUCUUUAUUUCCAUGUGAACUUAAUUUUAGUGUGUACACUCUUAGAAAAAAAGGUGCUAUCUAGAACAUAAAAGGGUUCUUCAGCUGUCCCCAUAGGAGAACCCUUUGAAGAACUGUUUUUGGUUUCAUCACAUCAGGCCUUCACAGCUUUCUCUCGAUCGCUAAGACACUUUUAAUUAAACGUUUCAUGAAACUGAUCUCCAUCAUAACCUAAUGAGCACAACAGUAUACUAAGUCACUCAUUGCUUUCACACAAAAUGCAAAUGCUAAGCACAUUUUUGCAAAACAGUAAACACAACUCUCUACAAAAGAUGUAAAACUCAGUUGAGUAAAUCAUGUAAACAUUUGGUGACAGCUGAUACAAAUUACACCCAUGAAUGUGAACCUCUUUUGCACAUGUGCAAAACUUCUUUACACAAUUGUUCAAUCAGCAAUCAGUCCUUUUUCAUGCAUUAAAAUGGUCACUCACCUCUGAGUUGCUGUUUGCAAGGAUGGACCAAGUAAGAGGCCGAGGGCAAGGACAAAGGAGAGGUAGAGGGGCCCAUAGAGGAAGAGGGGUUCAGAUGUGUGGAGGUGGAAAGUUUAUGAUUACCUUCUACAUGACCAGAUGUCCCUCCUAGACACAAUGACGGCCUAUUGUAUGGUAAUCACUGCAGAGGACUGCCAAGCGUGAAUGCGCCAUGCAAGGAGAGAUUUUUCCUCGCUGCACUGCAUGGGAAAAAAUCCAGUGUGAUGUUGAUGAAAACAUGUGGCCUGAUUGACAAGAACGAGUGGACUGAAUGUGGUGUAUAUUGUAUUGGUUUUGCCUUUUUUAUUUUUUAUUCUCUGUAUAUACUGUACAGCAUCAUUGAAUUUGUAAAGGACAACAUGGAAAAAGUUAAAAGAAAGCAUUUUGUUUCUGGAUAUUCAUGCUCUGAGUGACAUUCUUUCUGCUUUGGUCAUCUUUGGUAAAAUCAUCUUAGGAAAAAAAGAAUACAGCCCAUGCUGUGAUAAUAUGUUUACUUGUCUUUUAUGGUGCAUACUAUUAUUAUAGUAUCAGUAAAUGGCAGAGAAAUAUAUAGGAAGGUUAACCAUGUUAGGGUAUAUUGAUAGUUGUAGUUAGUAUUUAUUGGGCCAUUGUGUAACGAUUGAUUGAAAUAACUUUUCAUUAGAUAACAAGUUAUGUUCUGAUGGAGGUAGUUGAUUUUGUAUCAUGUAUUUAAUGUUUUGAGAGUCUUAAUGCAUUUUGCAAAUGAAAUGAGUCAUUUUGGCCAAUGAGUUUCAGUUGGGGCUGCAUGUUAAUUGUUUCAAAAAAGUGAAUUCUGUUUGGACACAUUUUCUCAAGCAUUCAAGAAAAACUGUAAUUUGCUACAUUGCUAUGUUAUUAGAGAAGAACUAUGCUUUUUAAGUCAAUGUGUUGAUAUUGAGUCUCUCUUUAUUUCCACAGUACUCUGUGCAGCCCAGCAUUCAGCCCAGCCUGAGACUCAGCAGGUGAAAGGCAUCGUGGGAAAGUUUCUCUCUUUUCCAGAGAGGGUGUUAAAGUCUGGCAAUUUACUUUAUGGAGACCUUGGCAAUAUUGCACAGGUGUACCCUGGUAAACAAAGUAAUACCAACCUUGUGAAGAGAUUUAAAUACCGCCUUCACUGGAACAAUGUUACUGGAUUCUUCACUUUGUCAGACCUACAAAUAGAGGAUUCUGGGGUUUAUACCGUGGAGAAUGCAGAUGAAGAUGAAGGGAAGUCGACACAUGCAUUUCAGCUGACUGUGUACUGUAAGUGUGUGUGUGUGGGUGUGUGUUGUAAAUGACAAAAUCAUUAAAGUGGCAAUCAGCAGUAGAAACGUUAAUAAAGCGUUCUCCCCGCCCCUAGUUCUGUAAAAAGCAGAGGGAUAGGGCUGGAGAAAUGUAACCACUCAAAUUCAUAGACAGAGCUAUGGAUGCAAGGACUGAUCAACCAUUAUAUAAGAAGUAUAGUUUUAACCAUGUUUUGAGACUAUAUAGUGUUUGUUCACAAUUUCUUUGUUUACAAACACAGGAGUAAAACAAGCUGAUGGGUUCUCCUAAACUCAUAAGUUAUAUUAUUCAAGAAUCAAAGGGUACAUAUCAUUAAUUUAUAAGUCCAAAAAUGGAUAUAACAACUGCUCUUUGCCACUUUAAAGAUAAGUUCCAAUUCAGCAAUUCUAAUUUUUUCCUUAUUUGUCUUCCAGAUGUUCUAUCCAAACCUCAGGUGACAGUCCAUGACAACAGCUCCUGUAGCGUGGUGUGUUCUGUGGAGAACGGGAGAGAGGUGACACUGUCCUGGUACAGAGGAGGGAAGCUACUCAACCGGCGCAGCAGCCCUGACCUCAACAUCACCCUCUCUCUACCUCUCAAGGUGGAUGAACAGAACAUAGACUCUUACAGAUGUGAGGCUGCCAACCCAGUCAGCAAGGAGACCACUGUUACAAAUGUCUGUAUAGAGAGUGAUCCCUCCAAGGUGACAGGUAAAAAAAUAAAAUAAUGUACAGUAGCAAUGUUAAAUUGCUGAUAUCCAGACAAUACCAAAUUCAAUAUGAAACAAUAAGUAUGGUAGAGCUCAUUUUAUGAAACAAUGUUUUAAUUAAAAAAUAGUUUUCUCUCUUUUUACUUUUAGAUGGUGAUGAGAGGACUCGAGGUUGUCUUAUUAUUGCUGUAAUCUGCGUUUUGUUUGCCUCCGGACUUGUUGGACUUGCAAUCUAUCUAAAGAAGGGUAGAAAUGGACACUCACAAGGCAGGUAUUUAUCUUUUAGCGGGGUGAGGUCAUUCUCCUUGUCAAAGUCAAACCUUUUUAAAUGAUCAAGGAUAGUGUUUUGGAAAAGGUAGGAAAUGUUUGCCUGAACAACAGAUGCAGGUCAAAUGAAGAGACGUCUUCCACACUUCCUCUGCUUGGUCAGACAGUUUUAUUAUCUCAGACCACUUCUCUAAAUGUUGAAAAAGCAGAAGGAACAUACACACACACAAGCACACUCUGACAAUGAUUACUUUAUAGCUUCGCUGGCUCCAAAAGGAUCGCUAGCACAGACACAGGUAUCCAUAGUAACAUGAGUCGUUAGUGUUUGCAGAACCUGUCUUGGGGGUGAGCAUUUGUGCAUUUCUGCCAGUUACUCCCACCCACACUGUAUUUUUCAUUUCCUUUAUUUGUCUUUAUAGAUUCACCCGGAAGAAAGCAAGAUGAAAUAG